CACCGGGCAGGACUCCGGGCAGCGGCACACCGGGCAGGACUCCGGGCAGAGGCCCCAGGCGAAGCAGCAGGCACCGGGCCACCAGGCGGAGCAGCAGGCAGCGGGCCACCAGGCGGAGCGGCAGGCAGCGGGCCCCCAGGCGGGGCGACAGGCACCGGGCCCCCAGGCGGGCGACGGGCACCGGGCCCCCAGGCGGGGCAACAGGCACCGGGCCCCCAGGCGGGGCGACGGGCACCGGGCCCCCAGGCGGAGCGGCGGGCGCCGGGCCCCCAGGCAGAGCGGCGGGCACCGGGCCCCCAGGAGGGGCGACAGGCGCCGGGCCCCCAGGCGGGGCGACAGGCAUCGGGCCCCCAGGCGGGGCGACAGGCACCGGGCCCCCAGGCGGAGCGGCGGGCGCCGGGCCCCCAGGCGGAGCGGCGGGCGCCGGGCCCCCAGGAGGGGCGACAAGCAUCGGGCCCCCAGGCGGGGCGACAGGUCUCGGGCCCC